CAGCAGCACCACACCUCCAUUGGAUAAUGAGCUCUACAGCCCAGCAGCUGUUGCGCUCCCAGCGGGAUGUGCUCCUGGAGUGGACCCGUGUCCACCCUGCCCCCCUACUACGCUGGCUAUGGGUACUUUCUCACGCCCACUACCUGUCCCUGCUGGAGCGUUCGCCCUCCAAUGCCGUUGCGCAGGCCCUGGAGACGGUGUGCGCAAGUGAGGAGAGCAGCUGUGGCUUCCUGCAGGUCCUGAGGGAGGUGCAGGACUACUACUGUGAAGAGCUGCAGGUCUGGGUGGAGAGACACUGCAGGGAGAGGACUGAAGGGACAAAGGAGACCAAACCGGUUAGAGUGGAAGAGAAGAAAAAGCCAAAAAGCCUCAUUUCAAAACUGUUUAAAGGCAAGAGUAAAUUCACUGUGACCCCUGAGGUCAAAGCUGAGGAAGAGUUGAAACCUCGCCGGAGUGUAAAAUCUUCUCAUCUCAGAGUUCCCCUUUCAGCUCACAGAAAUACCCUUCUGGAACGUACAGAACGACUUACAUCUUACGCAGAAGGGGGAGGGCAGGCCUCCAACUCUGCUUCUCACAUUGAGAUCCGAUACACUGAUCUCUUCGUGACCGAGGACAACGAGUCAUUUGACAGCAGCCAGCAUGAGUACUUCACACUGGCCAGUCGACGGGCACGCAUCUACGCCCACCAGGCCUGCCAACGUAUCUGCCCUCGCCACCUCCUGAGUCCCCAAGGCACCACAGGGCGCCCACCUAAGCGGGUAAAGGUGAAGGGCAUCGCUGGCAUCGGCAAGAGCGUGGCAGUGCAGAGGCUGGUCUAUGAGUGGGCGCUGGGGAAGCACAUGCGUGAGUUCACCUGUGUGUUCGACCUCCGCUUCCGCGAGCUGAACCUGAUGAAAACCCCGCUGAGCUUACUGGACCUGCUCGAAGACCGAUUCCGCUACUUCAAGACUGUCCUGCCAGACCUUCUGGCCUCGCCAGGUCCCUUGCUCUUCAUUCUGGAUGGACUGGACGAGUUUAAAUACCAACUGGACUGGAAUGCUCCUGACAGAGACAUCGGCAUGGACUCCAAGGUGCCUGUAUCAGAGCUGAUAAUGGCGUUGAUCAAGGGGAGUCUACUCCCAGAAUCCUCAGUCAUUCUGACAUCCAGGCCUUCCACGGACGCUCCUAAGCGGUUCUUCCAGCGUUGCUGCGUGGUCCUGGGCUUCGAGGAGGACCAGGUGAAGGAGUACACCUCCAAGUUCUACAAGGACCCCAAGGUGGCUGAGAAGGUGUACAACUACAUCCUGGACAACGACAACCUCUUUGUGCUCUCCUUCAUCCCUCUCUAUUGCUAUAUCAUCUGCACCGCCUUGGCUGAGUUUUUCUCCAGUCAGGAAGAUAGUGACUCACGGUCUCUAGAGUUGAACCCACCUAGGACAGUCAGCGAGGUUUACUACUGCUAUCUGUUUACAGCCAUCAAGCACCAUGCGCUGAAAGGGAAGGCGGAGAGGAACACCCUCAGAUCGGAGGUACUUUCUCUAGUUAGGCAACAGCUGACGAACCUGGGGAGAUUAGCUUACGAAAACCUUCUAAAGAGUAAGAUCAUGUUCGACAUACAGGACCUGGAACGUUAUGGUCUCACGCCAGUAGAUAUACAGAGCACCUUCCUCAGUCAGAUCCUGGUGCCUCUGAAAGAGGAGAGGGUGGAGAUGUUUUCCUUCUUCCACUUGACCGUCCAGGAGCAUCUGGCCGCCCUGUACUGUGCAAUCAGCCUCUCAAAGCAGGGUCACAUCAUCCAGGCUCUGGACUUCUGGUGCUUUGGUGAGAUCCCCCCACCUUCCACCUCCCCAACUUCCCUACUGAGGCAAGACCUCCACCUGGACCAGACUAGGGUGGAGAACCUGCAGAUGUUCACUCGCUUCUUCAUGGGGCUUCUCCGGACCAGGCUGGGGGGGCAGUUGGAUGGGCUGGUGCUGGCCCCUCUGGAGGUGGGCUUGGAGGGUGAGGAUAUCCCCACCAGGCUGGGUAUCUGGUUCCAGAUCCAGUUUAAGGAUAGGCAGCUAGCCAACCAGACGGCGCUGAACCUGCUCCACUGUUUGAUGGAGCUGCACAUGAAGGAAGUCACCAGCAGGGUGGCACCGGAGAUCCGGAGUCUGAACCUGUUCAAGAUUAAGCUGAGCGUGGUGGACUGUACAGCGUUACACUAUGUGUUGCAGUUCUCCCCACAUAGGCUCAAGGAGCUCAACCUGGGAUACUCCAACAUCGGAAACAGAGGUCUUCGCAGGCUAGCUCCGAUAUUGCACCGCUGUGAAUCUCUUUAUCUGCGAUAUAACUGUCUGGAAAGGGAGGCAGCCAUCCUGGAAUCUGCAGUGUUGAAAUCAAACGAGUGUCAGGUGAAGAAGUUGUUCAUGUGUGGUAACAAUUUGGGUCCGGAAGGAGUUCUGGAGCUGUGGAAUGCCCUGGAGCAGAACACUACACUGGAGGAACUCUACUUGGACAUCACUGGCAUCACAGAGAGAGGAACAGAGAACAUUGUCAACUGCCUCAGCAAGAACACCUCUCUGAAAACGCUGACCAUCGUGGGGAAUGACAUUGGGGAGGUGGGGAAGAGGAGGCUGAGGGAGCUAGGACAUCGACGGCCGGGGCUCCAGAUCAUUGGGAACUUUGUGGACGACCUAGGACUGCUAAAGGCCUACCUGGACUGGGUAGAGGAGAUACGGGAUGACCGGGACCAGAUGGACUCAGUGAAGAACGCAGAUGCCCUACAGUCCAUCUUGAAGGGGCUGAGGGUGGGAGCAGAUGGGGAAAAUGGGGAGGGAGGGGAAGGAGAGAACACAGCUAAAGCCCUGGAGCUGGAGACCAAGAUCUUGGAGCUUUUGAACGCCCCCACUCAUUUCAACCACAUCAAAUCACCUGUUCUUAGUCUAACACAGUGACAACUAAAAGUUACCAAAAACAAUUUAGUCCAAUGAGCUAAAUAUGAUGUGGCUGUCCAUGGUUUGUGUGUGUGUGUGUGUGUGUGUGUGUGUGUGUGUGUGUGUGUGUGUGUGUGUGUGUGUGUGUGUGUGUGUGUGUGUGUGUGUGUGUGUGUGUGUGUGUGUGUGUGUGUGUGUGUGUGUGUGUGUGUGUGUGUGUGUGUGCGUGCGUGCUAUUGCAAGUAGUUAAAUAUGUUGACUCACCCUACUUGUUGAUGAAACGGUCAACCACUCUGUCAUACAGUACACGCUUUUAUUCUUUGUUGUCCUAGGCUACCUGGCUAAAAUGCUAGCUCGCUAGCCUGACUUCAAUUCAUGGCAACAUUAGCUAGUUAACAUUAGCCUUCUACAUCUAGCUACAUAUUGAACUUCCAUCCUAUCAGGCCAGGGGAACAACAAUGUAUGAAUAAAUGGUUGGAUCAGAAUCACUCAGAAUUAAGUAAAACCACAAGUCCAAAUCCUUUUCUCCAUCCAUGUCUAAUUUAGUAAGGGGACAACUUUAGCUAGCUAGCCACCAGAGAACAACACAACGAGAUGCAACAAUUCAAGUUGUUUCUGUGAAUGACGUAUGCUCUCAGUGCGAUUUGAUAGGAGUGACGCCAAAAUUCAAGCUGGCUUCCCUACACACUUUUUUUUGAUGCGCCAGGAUCAUUCACAAUUGCGCUCGCUCAGUUUAGUUGAUUGACAUAUGUUUGUAUACUUUUUUUUUUAUCAAAGGAGGCCAAAUGCUUGCUGGCUUCCCUUGCAUUCCAUUCAAUGCUAUUGGCGGCAACAAUAGAUGGACAGAGAUGGAUGGACAGAGGGGCGCUGUUUUGCUCGCUCGAAUGCUUUGUCUGAUGAGAUACAUUCAGCCUCUUGUCGAAUUGAAGGAAAAUUAUAAAACACAGAGCGAUGAAAGAUAAAUUAUACAUUUUUUAUGGGUAAAACAUUUUUGGGAAGCCUGGCUUCCCUUGGCAUCCAUGAAUACACGCCACUGCCUAUAGCCCUAAAUCCUAGCCCUUUUAUACUUUUCUAA